AUGAAUAUACUGAAAGAAUCUCUAUUUUCUUCUUCAAAAUCAACUUCUCAAACAAAAUCUAAAAGAACUCGACAGAAUAAUUCAAGAACCAAUAAAUUUCUCGAAGAGAACAACAAUUCUUUAAACGAACCACUCUUAUCGUCAUCUGAAAUAGGUGAUAAUAGUAUUCAAUUAGGAAUUAUUCAUACAGACGAUGAAGAAGAUGAUGGAAAAAAAUUAAAUAGUCGACAUAUUGUACGUUCUCGUAAUAUAAAACAACCAUCAAUAUCAGCAGCGCAUGGUGGUGGUUCGGUUGUUAUUGUUGAAAAACCUAUUCGACCAAAUGAAACUAUUCAAGCAUUCGCCAUUCGAUAUCGAGUUCCAGUAUCUCAAUUAAAACGUAUAAAUAAUCUACAAAAUGAUCAAGAUUUUUAUGCUCUUACAUAUUGUCGAGUACCUGUACGUCGAUUUGGUUUACUUCAUGAGUCAUCAUCACCAUCCAUCGUUGUUAAUUUAAAUGAUCCAUCGACAACAAAUACAUCCUCGUCAUCGAUAACGCAUUUAUCGCAACAAAAUCAUCUUGCUUUUUUAAAAGCUAUGGAUCAUGAUUUAGCAGCAAUGCGUACGAAAGUUGAACAAUUAAUUGAAACACCUACAGCAACAUUAAUAUCUGAUCAGCCAACAACGAAAAUGAUGAUACGUUCAACAGCAAAGCCUAUCAGUGAAUUAAAUUGUGAUGGUGCCGAUUGUGGCUGUAAAUUAUGGCAUAUUGUUACAGUUAUUAUUCUUAUUGCACUUCUUAUUCCACUUUAUUAUGUUUAUGUUUAUAUUAAACAUCCACCUCUCAAAACAGAUCAUUUUCCAUAA